AGAAUGUUCCGUUGCCAUGGAAUCCGGCAAAUUGUAUCUUCCGUUUCCGAUACUUAGAUUUACAUUUACGGUUUUGAGUUUCUGUCGUUUUUCAAUUAAUAAAUUAAUUUUUUUUGGUAAUUUAGACAAUUCUACGAAUUAAAGAAAAUGAGCUCCGAAAGUGUUGAUUUGGUUUUAAAAGGUACAUUGGAAGGACAUGCUGGUUGGGUUACUCAAAUUGCUACCAGUAGCAGGUACCCAAAUAUGAUUUUGUCUUCUUCUCGAGAUAAAAGUUUGAUCCUUUGGAAGUUGAUUAAAGAGGAAUCUUCCUACGGUGUUCCUCAAAAACGACUUACAGGUCAUGGACAUUUUAUUACUGACGUUGUCCUUUCCAUGGAUGGGCAAUAUGCUUUGUCUGGAUCAUGGGACAAAACUUUACGGCUCUGGGAUCUCAAUGUUGGUAAGACUACCCGACGAUUUGAGGAUCACACCAAGGAUGUCCUUAGUGUUGCUUUUUCUCCUGAUAACCGACAAAUUGUUUCCGGAUCUCGAGACAAGACAAUCAAGCUUUGGAAUACCUUAGCUCAAUGUAAAUACACAAUCCAUGAAGAUGGUCAUUCUGAUUGGAUCUCUUGUGUCAGAUUUUCCCCAAGUAACAACAAUCCAAUUAUUGUUAGCGGAGGUUGGGACAAAGUUGUCAAGGUUUGGAAUUUGAGCAACUGUCGUCUAAAGAACAACCAUAUUGGACACAGUGGUUAUCUUAACACCGUCACCGUUUCUCCUGAUGGUUCAUUGUGUGCAUCUGGUGGUAAAGAUUACAAGGCAAUGCUUUGGGAUCUUAAUGAAGGCAAACACCUUUACACCCUUGACCAUAACGAUAUUAUUAACACUUUAUGCUUUUCACCUAAUCGCUAUUGGUUAUGUGUCGCUACCGGGCCAUCUAUCAAAAUUUGGGACUUGGAAACCAAACAAGUUGUUGAUGAACUUAAAACUGAGGCCAUCUCAACUACUAACAAGAACAAGGCACCACAAUGUCUUUGCUUGUCUUGGUCUGACGAUGGAUCAACUUUAUUCGCUGGUUAUUCUGAUAAUCUUAUUCGAGUAUGGCAAGUUGUACCUUCUAGAAUUUAAGUAUUUAAGCUUUGUAAUACAACUUAACCUAUUCAAUAAUGAUUAAAUAAUUCUGUUGGUUAA